CACUCCCUCUGCUUUCAGAAUCUAACAACGGCUUUUUCUGGAUCUUCUCUAUACUAAUUUGGGGUUCACAGCGUUCCUACUUCCCCUGUCGCUCACUUCCGCCAUUACUCCAACUGGUAGUCGAUAGUAAUAUCAAGGAUCAAUGGCUUCUUCUGCUACAAUGGCUGUCAAUAAUAAGUUGAUUGUGGCUGGUGAUGGUUAUAAGGUCUGGGAAGAUCCGUCGUUCAUCAAGUGGAGGAAGAGGGAUUCUCAUGUUUCUCUACACUGCCAUGAUUCCGUUGAAGGUUCUCUAAGAUACUGGUAUGAACGAAACAAAGUGGAUGUCCUGAUAGCAAAAUCAGCGGUUUGGGAUGAUGAUGCUGUUUCGGCGUCAAUUGAAUGUGCAAAGUAUUGGGUUCAAAACUUACCUUUCGUUAAAUCAUUAUCCGGAUACUGGAAGUUUUUCCUUGCUCAAAGUCCUGCCACCGCUCCUUCAAAAUUUCAUGAUACAAUCUUUCAAGACUCUACAUGGGAAACGAUACCAGUACCUUCUAACUGGCAGAUGCAUGGCUUUGAUCGACCCAUAUAUACAAACAUUAUAUAUCCAUUUCCUCUUGAUCCGCCCCAUGUUCCUGAGGAUAAUCCCACUGGCUGCUAUAGGACAUAUUUUCACCUUCCUAAAGACUGGGAAGGCCGACGGAUAUUAUUACACUUUGAAGCUGUAGAUUCUGCUUUCCAUGUCUGGAUCAAUGGGGCUCUUGUUGGAUACAGUCAGGACAGCAGACUACCUGCUGAAUUCGAAAUUACCGCCUUCUGUCAUGAGUGUGGAUCUGAGAAGAAGAAUAUUGUGGCUGUACAAGUAUAUAGAUGGAGUGAUGGUUCAUAUCUUGAAGAUCAGGAUCAUUGGUGGUUAUCUGGCAUUCAUCGAGAUGUGCUUCUUUUAGCCAAACCGAAGGUAUUCAUUGCAGACUACUUCUUCAGAUCAAAUCUAGCGGAAAAUUGUACCUAUGCAGAUUUAGAGGUUGAAGUGAUUCUUGAUAAGCCAUUGGAGAUCAAUGCCACUACAGAUGUCAAAAUGGAAGCCACCCUGUUUGAUAUUAGUGGCAAUGACCGAGUUGAUCUGCUAUCGACUAAAGUGGCAGAUUUGCAGCUUCAACCCCCUCCUAGCCCUUUAGGGUUUCAUGGGUAUCGACUAGCAGGAAAGCUGCAAAAUCCCAAGCUUUGGUCCGCAGAGCAACCGAAUCUUUAUACUUUGGUCGUCACCCUGAAAGAUGCAUCAGGCAAUAUUGUCGAUUGUGAAUCAUGCCAAGUGGGCAUACGGCAAAUCUCGAAAGCCCCAAAACAGUUGCUUGUGAAUGGGCAUCCAGUCAUAAUAAGAGGUGUAAACAGGCAUGAACACCAUCCACGUAUAGGAAAGACGAACAUCGAAUCUUGCAUGGUUAAGGACUUGGUAUUAAUGAAAGAACACAAUAUCAAUGCGGUUAGAAAUAGCCAUUAUCCUCAACAUCAAAGAUGGUAUGAGUUGUGCGAUUUGUUUGGAAUGUACAUGAUAGACGAGGCCAAUAUCGAGACACACGGUUUUGAUCUUUCUCGGCAUGUCAAGCAUCCAUCACAGGAACCGAGUUGGGCUUCAUCUAUGUUGGAUCGCGUUAUUGGCAUGGUGGAGAGGGACAAAAACCACGCUUGCAUUAUUUCUUGGUCUUUGGGAAAUGAGGCAAGCUACGGACCAAAUCAUGUUGCUCUAGCAGGGUGGAUACGUGGGAAGGAUCCAUCAAGAGCCAUACACUAUGAAGGCGGUGGAUCGAGGACCUCAUCAACAGACAUCAUAUGUCCCAUGUACAUGCGUAUUUGGGACUGUGUUAAGAUAGCAAAAGAUCCAAAUGAAACAAGACCUCUGAUAUUAUGCGAGUAUUCGCAUGCCAUGGGUAAUAGCAACGGAAACAUCCAUGCAUAUUGGGAAGCCAUUGAUAGCACGUUUGGUCUCCAAGGAGGAUUUAUUUGGGAUUGGGUUGACCAGGGGUUAUUGAAGGAAAGUAGUGAUGGUAAUAAGUAUUGGGCAUAUGGAGGCGAUUUUGGAGAUACUUCAAAUGAUCUAAACUUCUGCUUAAAUGGUCUCAUAUGGCCGGAUCGAACUCCUCAUCCCGCGCUACAUGAGGUCAAGUACGUCUAUCAACCAAUUAAAGUUUCAUUCACCAACAACAUUAUUAAGAUCACAAAUACCAAUUUCUAUCAAACAACACAAGAGGUAGAGUUUAAUUGGGUGAUUGAAGGUGAUGGAUGUAAACUUGAAUCGGGAAUUCUUCAUCUACCGACAUUAGAUCCUCAAAGUAGUUACGAUAUCAAAUGGGACUCUGGCCCAUGGUAUCCGUCGUGGACCUCAUCCUCCGCUGCUGAAACCUUUUUGACUAUAACCGCAAGUCUCUUACAACCCACACGGUGGCUUCAAUCUGGUCAUGUGAUCUCAUCUCAACAACUCGAGUUACCUAUGAAGAAAGAAUUCAUCUCCCAUGUUUUGAAGAUGAAAGAAAUCACGUUGGAUUGGGAUAUUGUAGACCAUAAUCUUACCAUCCGCCAAAACUUCUCGGAGAUCACGUUCAACAAUCAGUCGGGUGCAAUAGAGAGCUGGAUGGUCGAAGGAGUUCCAGUGAUGGUUAAGGGCGUAACACCAUGCUUUUGGCGUGCGCCUACCGACAACGACAAAGGAGGAGAAGCCAACAGUUAUUUAUCUAAAUGGAAAGCAGCUAAUCUUGAUAACGUAAGCUUCGUUAAAGAAAGCUCGACCAUUGAAAAGAUUUCCGAUCAUCUUCUGGAAGUAAGCAUCGUGUAUAACGGUUUCUCCAAGGGAGGUGAAAAUGACGAUUCCGUUUCUGGCACAGAAGGAUCAAACAUUCUGUUCAAAGUUGACAUGAAAUACUCGUUCCACGGUUCAGGAGAUGUCGUUUUGGCUUGCUACGCAAAACCACGAUCCGAUCUUCCGCCUUUGCCACGAGUUGGGGUCGAGUUCCAUUUGGAGAAAUCAAUAAGUAACAUUAAAUGGUAUGGGAGAGGACCGUUUGAAUGUUAUCCGGAUCGUAAGGCGGCUGCUAAUGUUGGUUUGUUUGAGAAGAAGGUGGAUGAGAUGCAUGUUCCGUAUAUAGUUCCCGGUGAGUGUUCAGGUCGGGCCGAUGUUAGGUGGGUCACGUUCCAAAACGAUCGAGGUUCGGGGAUCUAUGCUUCUAUUUAUAGCGGCUCUCCACCGAUGCAAAUGAAUGCGAGUUAUUAUAGCACGAAAGAGCUUGAUCGCGCAACUCAUAAUGAGGAGCUUGUCAAGGGAGAUGACAUUGAGGUGCAUCUCGACCACAAGCAUAUGGGUAUCGGUGGCGACGACAGUUGGUCGCCUUGUGUUCAUGACAAAUACAUGGUUCCUUCUUCUGCACCUUACACUUUCUUCAUCAGCUUCUUCCCUUUAACUGCUGCAACCUCUCCCCAUGAUAUCUACAAGGCCCAAUCUUGAGACUUGGUCAAACAAGUCAACGCCUUUCUUUGUCUCUUUGUUUAGUUGCUUGGUUAAUUAAUUCACUACAAAUUAUGUGCCCGUUUUUAUCGGAUUUUAGGUUAAUUUGUGAUGUUCGUAAAUUAACCUAGAAAAUAAACAAAUAAAAUCAUUGGUUUUAUUUUUGUA